CACCCGAUUCUUAUGGAAGUUUGCACUUAAAACUUGAUUAUGAUUUCACUUCUAGUAAAUUAUCUGUGACUAUUCUAGAGUGUAGAGAUUUACCAGCUAUGGAUAGAAAUGGAAUGAGCGAUCCAUAUAUAAAAUUGACUAUAUCGCCAGAACGAAAGCCCAAAUUUGAGACACGAAUAAAGAGAAAUAGUUUGAAUCCGGUCUUUAAUGAAACAUUUGUUUUUAAAAUCCCUUUCCCUGAACUUGGCCGCAAAACUUUAGAACUUGUUGCGUUUGAUUUUGAUCGGCUUUCUAAGGAUGAUCAAAUUGGUCAGAUUUUAUUGCCAUUAAACACAGUUGAUUUUGGCCAAACAAAUGAUAGAUGGACCAAUUUUGAGGCUCCCCAUGAAAUUGAAGAAUCGGAAUCCCGAGGUGAUAUUUGUUUCUCAACACGUUAUAGACCAGCAACAGGAACACUAACAGUUACAAUAAUGGAAGCUAGAAAUCUUAAGAAAAUGGAUGUUAGCGGUUCUUCAGGUAGAGAAAGAAAUAAUUUUACAAUAAUUUUACAAGUGUUACCAGAAUAUCUGAAUUGUAAACUUAUUUGUAAUUACAAUUAG